GAAAAGCCGCCUCGUUUCUUUUUGUUGCUGUGCCCUAGGAUUUUGCGUCAUGCAUGUGGACGAGCUGCGUACCAGCCUGCAGAGCUUUGGCUGGCCCGACUAUGUGGUCUUUUGCUUCAUGCUGGCCAUCUGCGCCGUCAUCGGCAUCUAUUUCUGCCUGCAGUUGCGUCGUGAGUCGAAGGAGGUGAAGGCCUGCGGAGGCGAGGAGGCGGCCAAUAGCGCCGCCUCCUAUUUGGUCGGCGGCAGAAAAAUGAAAAUCUUUCCCAUCACCAUGUCGCUAAUCUCUAGCUUCAUAUCGGGCAUCACACUGCUGGGCACACCCACCGAGGUUUACCUGUACGGUGCUCAGUAUCUGUACAUUAUGGGCUCCCUAGUGCUAAUGGGCCUGUGCAUGUUUUAUAUAUUUUUACCAGUAUUUCAUGACCUCAACUUGAUAUCCACCUACAAGUAUCUGGAACAGCGCUACAAUCGCAGCCUGCGUCUAUUUGGUUCAAUCAUGUUUAUUAUGGCUUCGCUAUUGUGGCUGCCGAUUGUGAUCUAUGUGCCGGCCAUAGCCUUCAAUCAGGCAACGGGCGUGAACAUACACAUUGUGACGCCGUGUGUGUGCGUGGUGUGCAUCUUCUAUACGUGCAUUGGCGGCCUCAAGGCAGUCGUCUGGACGGACGUCGUCCAGACGCUGAUCAUGUUCGGCGCCAUGGCGCUGGUGCUAAUCAAGGGCACGAUGGACGUGGGCGGGCCGGGCGUUGUCUGGCAGCGUGCCCAGCAGACGGCACGCAUUGAGCCGCCCAACUUCACAUUGGAUCUCAGCGAGCGCUACACCUUCUACUCUCUGGUGCUGGGGGGCGUGGCGCACUGGCUCAAGUCGAAUGCGAUCAGCCAGAACAUGAUCCAGCGGUAUCUGUCGCUGCCAACGUUGCGGCACGCUCGGAUCGCCAUCUGGACUUUUAUAGCCGGCGUGCUGGCGUUUCUAGCCAUCUGCGGGUAUACGGGGCUGCUCAUCUAUGCGACCUACGCGGACUGCGAUCCGCUGGAGACGAAGCUGGCGCAGCGCAAUGAUCAGCUGUUGCCGCUGCUGGUCAUGGAGACGCUCGGACAGUAUCCCGGUCUGCCGGGCGUGUUUGUUGCUGGCGUUUUCAGUGCGGCUCUCUCCUCGCUCUCCACCGGUCUUAAUUCCCUUUCUGCCGUCGUGCUGGAGGACUUUGUCAAGACCUUUCGCCACCAGCCACUGAGCGAGACGCAGACUGCUUAUAUUAUGCGCAGCGUUGUUGUUGUCUUUGGCGUUAUCUUUGUCGGUCUGGUCUUUAUCGUGGAGAAGCUGGGCGCUGUGCUCCAGCUGACCAUCACGCUCACCUCAGUGGCCAACGGACCCCUGUUGGGCAUCUUCACGUCCGGUGUCAUGCUGCCCUGGGUUAACUCGAAGGGCGCGCUCCUCGGCGGCCUCAGCUCGCUCGGUGUCAUGGCCUGGAUGUGCAUUAGCGCACAGCGCGACCUGGUCACGGGGGAUCUGGUUUAUCAGCGGAAACCCUACUCCACGCUGGGAUGCAAUUACACCUUCACGGGCGAGCGACGCGCCUUCAGCAGCCUGCCACUAGAUGACGCCAUCAGCCCCGCAUCGGAUGCGCCCUUUCAGCUAUACCGCAUCUCGUACCUGUACUUCACUCUCUUUGGGGCUCUGAUGACGAUUGUGGUGGGGCUGGUGACGAGCCUCCUGCUGCGCGAAUCCGAUCUAGAUGCGGUGGACACCCGCCUGCUGACGCCCUUUGUGCGGCGUUGGCUGGAGCGACGUCGCAGUCGCCGCACGCAGCUGCCGGCGGGAAAGGCGGCCAAGCACAAGGCGGUGCAGGAGACGACAACGUAAGCGGAGGGGGUUCGGCCAGUGGGUCGUAGUACCUGCUGCCGGCCAAAAUGUUCCUUUGGUAGCAUAGUAAAUAUUUAAAAUUAAAUAAAAUACAAUUCAUAAUUA